GCUAACCGGACGGGUCGCUCCGGCUCUCCAGGGAGAGGAGCUUCCCGGCUCUGGAGAAGGGGCGAGUCCUUUGAGAGCCCCCGGGAAGCGCCGCGUGCUGGAGAGGGACGGUCGGGCUACCCCGGCUCGCGGAGGGCUCGGCUCCGGGCUCCCCUCCUUUCCACCUCGCGAGGGAGGGGGCGAGGGAAGGAGGGGAGGGGAAGGUCCCGCGGAGGAGGCAGAAUGACCAGUCGAGGGGGGCUUGGGCGCUGCUUUUCCCAGAAGCUGCUUCCACUCCUGCGGCUGCCGCGAGGGCUGGCUUGAGCUGGGGCUCCAGGCUCUCCCGCUGCGAGCCAGCGCGGCCCCCCGGGGCCCGGGCAGCGGCGCCGGCAUGACGUCGGGCACCAUGAAGUUCAAUGGUUACUUGAGGGUCCGCAUUGGCGAGGCUGUGGGGCUGCAGCCCACCCGCUGGUCCCUGCGCCACUCGCUCUUCAAGAAGGGCUACCAGCUGCUGGACCCCUACCUGACGGUGAGCGUGGACCAGGUGCGCGUGGGCCAGACCAGCACCAAACAGAAGACCAACAAACCCACGUACAAUGAGGAGUUCUGCACCAACGUCACCGACGGUGGCCACCUCGAACUGGCCGUCUUCCACGAGACGCCCCUGGGCUAUGACCACUUCGUGGCCAACUGCACCCUGCAAUUCCAGGAGCUGCUGCGCACGGCCGGCGCCUCGGACACUUUCGAGGGCUGGGUGGAUCUGGAGCCAGAAGGGAAGGUAUUUGUGGUAAUAACCCUAACAGGGAGCUUCACUGAAGCCACUCUCCAGAGAGACCGAAUCUUCAAACAUUUUACCAGGAAGCGCCAAAGGGCUAUGCGAAGGCGAGUCCACCAGAUCAAUGGACACAAGUUUAUGGCCACAUACCUGAGGCAGCCCACCUACUGCUCUCACUGCAGGGAGUUUAUCUGGGGAGUGUUUGGGAAACAAGGUUAUCAAUGUCAAGUGUGCACCUGUGUCGUCCAUAAACGCUGCCAUCAUCUGAUUGUUACAGCCUGCACUUGCCAGAACAAUAUUAACAAAAUGGAUUCAAAGAUUGCUGAACAGAGGUUCGGAAUCAACAUCCCGCACAAGUUCAGCAUCCACAACUACAAAGUGCCAACCUUCUGCGAUCACUGUGGCUCGCUGCUCUGGGGCAUCAUGCGACAAGGACUUCAGUGUAAAAUCUGUAAGAUGAACGUGCACAUCCGAUGUCAGGCAAAUGUAGCCCCGAACUGUGGGGUCAAUGCGGUGGAGCUCGCCAAGACCCUGGCCGGGAUGGGCCUCCAGCCCGGAAAUAUUUCUCCAACCUCGAAGCUCGUUUCCAGGUCAACUCUAAGACGACAGGGAAGGGAAAACACCAAAGAAGGAAAUGGGAUCGGGGUUGAUUCUUCCAGCCGACUUGGUAUCAACAACUUUGAGUUCAUCCGAGUGUUGGGGAAGGGGAGCUUCGGGAAGGUGAUGCUUGCGAGAAUAAAAGAAACAGGAGACCUUUACGCCGUGAAGGUGCUGAAGAAGGACGUGAUCUUGCAGGAUGACGAUGUGGAAUGCACAAUGACGGAAAAAAGGAUCCUGUCCUUGGCUCGCAAUCACCCCUUCCUCACACAGUUGUUCUGCUGCUUUCAAACACCUGGCCGAAUGGAGGUACCAGUAACUUCUGAUGACCUCUGGGAGAAAGUUGAAAUCAGUGAACUAACUGCUACUGUCAUGUUGUCCUAG